UGUGACUCUCCUGUGUCUCAAUCGCUUUUGUUGUAAAGGGGAGGAAGCCGAGGAGCGAAGCAGCAGCAGCAGCCGCCGCCGUGCCAGGAGCCAGCCCAGCAGGAAACCUUCCCAGCCAGGCUCUUCUGCUGCUGCUGCUUUGCAGACACACGCCCAGCCAGGGCUGGGGAAGAGGCGCCCCCGCUGCAGAGACAGCCGCUGUACUGUGCCGACUGGCGGGGAGCCCGGGGGCACAUGUAGAGGGGCAGCGGCAGGGAGCAGGAGAGUCGGGGUGCUAGGCCUGCUUGGUCGCAGAGUACCGCGUCCCCCAGUCGGGAGUUUCACGGUCCCUGGUGCCUCUCGUCGGAGGAGGAAACUAUGGAGGUCAAUGCAGGGGGCGUGAUUGCUUACAUCAGCUCUUCAAGCUCAGCGUCUAGCCCAGCCUCUUGUCACAGUGAGAGCUCAGAGAGUAGUUUCCAGUCCUCCUCUUCGCCUGUACCAUCUUCACCAAACAGUUCCGCCUCCGAGAGCAGCUGUAACAGUAGGAGCAGCGAGGGUUCUGACGGUGCACCAAAGAAUGAUCAGCUAGAUGAUGCUGUUAAAACAAGCUGGUCGAGUGCUGCUGGAUUGACCAAGGGCCAUGGUGGACUUACAAAAUUUAAUGGCAUGGUCCUCCUGUGUAAAGUCUGUGGGGAUGUCGCUUCAGGAUUUCACUACGGUGUUCAUGCUUGUGAGGGUUGUAAGGGUUUUUUCAGAAGAAGCAUUCAGCAAAACAUCCAGUAUAAGAAGUGCUUGAAGAAUAACAACUGCUCUAUAAUGAGAAUGAAUAGGAACAGAUGCCAGCAAUGCCGCUUCAAAAAAUGUUUGUCUGUUGGAAUGUCAAGAGAUGCUGUUCGAUUUGGCCGCAUUCCUAAACGUGAAAAACAGAGGAUGCUGAUUGAAAUGCAAAGUGCCAUGAAGACCAUGAUGAACAGCCAGUUCAAUGGUCACUUGCCAAAUGAAACAUUAACAGAGCAUCAGGAGCAAGCGCCCCUGUCAUCUCAAGAAGAGCUUACAUCCAAACCCCAACAAGAGCUCGAAAACAUCAAAAGUCCAUCUCCUCCUCCUCCCUCUGACAUUGCAAAGGAAGAAGUGAUUGGUAUGGUGACCAGAGCCCACAAGGACACCUUCAUGUACAACCAGGAGCAAUCAGAAAACCCAGCUGAGGCCAGGCAGCCACAGAGCGGGGAAAGAAUUCCGAAGAACCCUGAGCAAUAUAGUUUGAAUAGUGACCAUUGUAGCAGUGGGCUUAGUGACACCCAUUAUACCGAGAGUGAGCAACAUCUUGCUGGACAAUACAAAGGGAGAAAUGUAAUGCGUUAUCCAAAUGGGCGCACCGUUUGUUUCACAAAUGGCCACUGUAUGAACUUUAUCAAUGGUUAUACUCAAAGAAUGUGUGAAAGGAUCCCAGAAGAUGGGUUUUCGGCAAAUGAGAACAUGAAUAUUUACUCAUGCAACACUGGAGGGAGAAUGCACCUGGUUUGUCCAAUGAGCAAGACUCCCUUUGUGGACCCAAGUAAGAGUGGCCAUGAAGUCUGGGAAGAAUUUUCGAUGAGCUUCACCCCUGCAGUGAAAGAAGUGGUGGAGUUCGCAAAACGCAUUCCAGGGUUCCGAGAUCUUUCCCAGCACGACCAGGUCAAUCUUCUAAAAGCUGGGACCUUUGAGGUUUUAAUGGUACGGUUUGCGUCUUUAUUUGAUGCGAAGGAACGUACUGUCACCUUUCUUAGUGGAAAGAAGUACAGUGUGGAUGAUCUGCAUUCAAUGGGAGCUGGCGAUCUACUCAACUCCAUGUUUGAAUUUAGCGAGAAACUAAGUGGCCUGCAACUUAAUGAUGAGGAAAUGAGUUUGUUUACGGCAGUUGUCCUGGUCUCUGCUGAUCGAUCUGGAAUAGAAAAUGUUAACUCUGUGGAGGCGCUGCAGGAGACACUAAUUCGUGCACUAAGGACCUUAAUUAUGAAAAACCAUCCAAACGAAGCCUCUAUUUUUACAAAACUUCUUUUGAAAUUACCUGACUUGCGUUCCUUAAACAACAUGCACUCUGAGGAACUCUUGGCCUUUAAAGUUCACCCAUAGGCCUUUAGCUCUUAUUUAUACAUGAACUUGCCUCAUGUUAAGCUAUAUAUUUUGUGCUAAAAUAUUUAUUUAUAUAUGUUUGUACAACUUGUUGGAGAAGAAAACCUCAUUGACUGAGUGAUUGGUAGAUAUUCCGUAACCCUGCAAUAACACUUCAGAGGGAGUACUUUCAGUGGUUAGCAAUGUGGCAUUCAGAGUUUGUCAAGAUACCCAGAAUCAUCAGUAUGUUGACUGUUAAGUUUUUCACUCAACAGAAAGACCUGCCAGCUUCCGCUGGUGAAAAUCAAAAGCAUAGUAGCUGUGUGGGAAAUGAGAGAAAUGACAGUUGGGCUUUCCCAUAUCUAACUCAUGUAGUCCUGCUUGUCUGGAAAGCUCUUACUAAUUCACUCAUGGUUUCACUGUUCUUACUCCAUGAAAUUUCAUGGAAUAUUUCCAGUCCACGUCAUCAUUUAGUGGACAUACACACGCCAUCUGUAUAUAAUGUAAAUAGAUACAUAGUUGGUGUUAAUGACUAUAUAAAGUACAGAAUUGUGUGUUUGUGUAUAUAUAUUUGUGUAUGUAUAUAAAUUGUUCUACAUAAAAAUAUAGACAUAAUUUCUUCACAAUAUUUUAAACUGUGAAGGAGUUAAACUUGCAAAUGCAGCUGAUCUAUGGAAAGAACCAAAAUAGGUGCACUUUGUCUAUUGCUGAACUAAUUAUCUGACUGUUUAUAAUUUUUAGAAAACAGCAAAUUUGCAUUGCUAGGCUCUAUUGGUUAAUAUAAGAAAUACUGUGGCACCAGAAUUGCAGUCAGGUCCAACUUUAUAAUGAGAACUAUUAACUGAAAGAGAAUUGUUCAGGGUACUAUUAGAUUGAUUAUUUGUUGCAGCUAAGGUUCUUACCUUGUGCUGAUAGUGGUUAAAAAGCUGUUGGACAUUAUUCAAGCCUUCAGUACAGCUGACUACCAGAUGAGCAACAGAAUCCAUCAAUUCCUCCUCAAGAAUCAAGGACAAAUUUCAGGAAAAGUGUAUCCAUCUAAUAUCCAGAUUACAGGUUUGUUUGGGUUUUUUUGUUUUUUUGUUUUUUUUUGCAUGUGUAUGUUCUGUGACCAUUUCUUUCUUACACUACACCAAUUUGCUACUUGACUGCUAAAUAAGAUUUGAAUACAUAAUUGUGAGAGACACCUCUGUCUUUUCAUGUUAUUUUCCCCGCAGCAUUAAUAUGUAUAUAAAUAUUGGAGCUGCAUGCUUUUUAAAGAACAUGUUUUGUGUACGCAAAACAGGUGCACUCGAUUGUUGGAUAUCAUGACUCGCUUAACAAAACAGAGGUUUGGGGCUCUAUUUAUUCCAGACACAAAAAUUCCCAAACUUGAGGGUCUGUUUUGUAUUCUGCUACUUUCCAUCCUAGAAAGGGGGUUCCUCGUAGAGUUGGGUUUCUUCUGUUAUAGCAGGAAGUGACACCACAGACUUGUGAUUUAAAAUGCCAAAGCAGUAAUGUUAUAAAUAGUCAUGUUACUGUCAUAUAAUGUGGGAGUGGAAAAUGCUCUUUUUACCUUCAUGUUUAAUUGACUUAUGUUCAAGUUUGACCCUCUAAGGUCUUAAAAUUGUCUAACACUAAUUGUUGUCAACUGAUAGAGGGUUGUUGCUAAAGGGUUAAUGUGAUGUGUAAGGGUACAAUCCCACAAACCUGAUGGCAGAACUCCCAUUAACCUUGCAGGUUCAAAACGCUAUGGACCUGCUUCAAAGCCGGUUGAAGUCAACACGAGUCUUCCCAAUGACUUCAGUGGGAUUUGGAUCAGGCCCUGGAGAUCUGAUUCUACACCAUACAAGUCAAUGGCAGUUUUGCCGCUAACGGCAGUGGGGUGAGAGGUUGCACUGUAGCAUGAACAUUGGGCCAUCAGUUCUUAAGCAGAAAUCUCAGUUGAAAAUGAUGAGUUCUGCCCAAAAGUGAAUGGCAAGGGAGCCAGACUAAAGGGGAUCUAGAAAGAAUGCAGCUCUAUCCUUGCUUUUCCAAAAAGCAGAGGGGUGCAGCCUUUCCCAAUAGCUCCCCCUCCUCCUCAGCUGGUGGGGCGAGAACUCUCCUGCUGUUUCAAACUACUUCAACCACUGGAGAACGGCCCCCCUUUUUAAAAUGUUUUCAGCAGAUUACAUUUCUAGGGCAUUUCCCCCUUGUUUCUGUAAACACUGCAUUCAACCAAUAUUAGUUUUAGAGCUUAACUUAUAUUCUAAAAUGCACAUUUAUGAAAGGACACAAGUGCAUCAUUUGUUUCUGCAAGGAAUCAAGGUGGCUCUUUCAUAAACCCUAUUUCAAAAGUGACGGUCAAACUGACCCCUGAUUUUGGGCUUCUUAUAGAGGCCUCUUCACCAUCUCUCUCUCUCUCUUUCUUUUAAAACUUAUUAUUAUUAAGCCUUUAGGAAUGUAUAACCAGGACUGUGUAAGUAUUGCUUAUUCAGAUUUUAGUUAGGUUCAAUAUAUAUGCACUAGAUAGAUAUUCUGACUUGUGCAAUUUCAUUUGAAUGAAAUCUUCCUACAUGUAAUGCAAACAGAACUUAUAUCAGCUGAAAAAACCCCAGAUUCAUGCUGAAAGGUUUGAUGAAAAAGAAAAAGCUAUUCAAAAUGGCUCUUAUUUUGUGAGCUCUGUAACUGAACUGCAAACAAAAGUGACAUUAGCCAUGUCUUGUGAGCUCUUUCUUUUACUGUGUCACUGGUUAUACACUUGUUAAAUGCUGAGAUAAUCGUCUUCAGGCAGGACACUGUAGAUGGGACUUUUGCGGAACGAUUAAUAUAACGUACUGUAUGAAUUUAUUGAAAUGUUCCUCUGAUUUUACAGGUUUAAAAAGAUUAAAUAUGGGCAUUAUGUCAGCAAACAAAGCUGUUUCCAUGCUGUUAUGUAUUGCUAUACAUAUAAAGUCUACAUCGGGGAGGAACAGUCCAUAUGCCACUGCACAACAAAUCAGAAUGCCAGCUGGUGUAAGGUCAGUGGAGCUACACUGAUUUACAGUGGCAUAAGAUACUGAUUUUUCCUGCAAGGUGGAUGAAUGGUUGGUUAGUUGCAGAUGAUUUAUUAUUACAAACAGGGUAGGAAUAGAUUUCUAUCAUUUUAAUGCUAAUUUAAAACCUCUUCACUGCAUUGUAACUGAGUAGGGUACAUGGUUUGUUUUCUGUAAAACUAGUCUCAGGGAGACAAGUGCACACAAAAGCAACUGAUUAGCUUUGAUUUUCCAAUUUAAAAUUUGUAGAAUGUCAAUGAAGCGUUUAUCAUUUCAAGCUAUCGGUUCUGGAGAGCUGGAAACACAAUUUAAAGGGGCACUGUCAAAUUUCCCUGAAAAUUGUGUAGCUGCUGCUGCUAAACAAAAUAAUCACACACUCUAAAACCACCAUUAUUGAAAGAAAAGAGAGACAACUCUUGACAUUUGGCUUUGUGCAUUUGGCAGUAUUUUGUGUAUUGGCACUGCUUGCCGUGUAGCGUGGCUGUCCACCAAAUCCUUCAGGCCUGCAGUGAGCUCUUCGUGGUCUGAAACCUGUGCCCACAGGGAAUCUUUGUGACUCCAGUGGUGUUCUGUGCUGGUGCAGGGAAGGGGUCUGAGGGGAGCUCAUUGCAGACUCCCAGCCUUAAGCAGAGCACUUAAGCAUGGGCCUUGGGAAGUUUCCCACUUUGUGGGAAUCUCACACACAGCAGCAUGGGGGAAGGGAGGAGGAGAGUGACAAAGUCCUCCAAAAUAGGCAGGGAGUCAGAUGAGAAAUUACUUUUAAUUCAUUUGGAGAAACUAACAAGAUUUCAAGUUGACAGUGCUGCUUCAAAUGAGGAUCUUGCCUUGCCUUGGUCCCAAAUUCUGAUUUCCAGUUGUUCAUGCACUAACAGAAAUAAAUGGUACCUUUUACAAGGAAAACGGAUCUAAUAUUGUAGUCAAUAUCUGGGUACAAUGUAUUAUUAAAGUAUAAAUGAGCAUGGGCAUAGACAGUAUCUCAUCCUGUUUCUGAACCAUCAUCUAAAAACUGUGUGGGAGGUAUGGAGAAUAAAGAUUAUUUCUAACCAA